CGCCCUGCCUCCGCCGCCAUGCCCAUGAAGGGCCGCUUCCCCAUCCGCCGCACCCUGCAGUACCUGGCCCAGGGCACCGUGGUGUUCAAGGACUCGGUGAAGGUCAUGACGGUGAACUACAACACGCACGGGGAGCUGGGCGAGGGCGCCAGGAAAUUCGUGUUUUUCAACAUUCCUCAGAUCCAGUACAAGAACCCCUGGGUGCAGAUCAUGAUGUUCAAGAACAUGACGCCGACGCCCUUCCUGCGCUUCUACCUGGAUUCCGGGGAGCAGGUCCUGGUGGACGUGGAGACCAAGACCAACAAGGAGAUCGUGGAGCACGUCAGGAAGAUCCUGGGGAAGAGCGAGGAGACCCUCCAGAGGGAGCAGCAGGAGAGGCAGCAGCUGUCGCACCCGGCCAACUUCGGGCCCCGGAAGUACUGCCUGCGGGAGUGCAUGUGCCAGGUGGAGGGCCAGGUGCCCUGCCCGGGCCUGGUGGCCCUGCCCAAGGAGAUGACCGGCAAGUACAGAGCCGCCCUGAGGGCCAGCGCCAAGGACUGAGUCGCCUGUGCACCAAGCGGUGGUGAGAUGGGGGUGACCCCAGGACUGUGCUCGAAGGUCGCCUUUGGACUGAGGCUGAGGUGCUGCGUGGAUGUCCCCAUCCCUUGCUCAAUAAAAGGCCUGGUGGCCCCAGCAGCGGUGUGCCUCUGGUCCUGCUGCAGGGAAGGGGCUCUGGGCAGGGAGCGUA